AUGGCUAGAGAGUGGGGCCUCGCUCAAACCCAUACAACCUCAACACGGUCUCCUCAGCAUCGUCAAACACCAGCGCUAAGUUCUUCUGCUAAUGUUGUCUGUUUUACCGAUGCGGCUUGGCAGGUUGAAACAAACAUAACAGGUUGCGGAUGGCUACUUAAAGAUCAUGGUGACGUCUGCCUAACACAGGGUACUUGUUCCUUCAAUGACACAUCCUCAGCAUUGGUGGCCGAAGCUCUUGCAGUCCGAUCAGCACUUCUCAACGCCCUCGAGUUGGGCAUCUCAAGAAUCUGUAUCAAAACAGAUUGUCAAGCACUUGUUGCUAUUAUCACCUCGAACCAUCACCCGGCGGAUCUCCACGGAAUCAUUCGGGAUAUCGAGCAUCUAUCCUCUUCCUUUGACUGUAUUUCUUUUGCUUUUAUUUCCAGAAACUUGAAUUGUGAGGCUGACUCCCUUGCAAAGACUGCUUUGUACUCUCCUUCCACCAACUAA